AUGAGGCUACAUCACGAUUCACUUCAAAAUUCGUAUUCGGUAUAGCGAAACCCUACAUUUGCAAAAAAUCCUUCUGAAAAAAUGAAUACCAAAUAUUUCGCAAUCGUUUUGCUUUUCGCGAUAAUCGCUGCGGCUGUCGUAUGGGCAUCCAAAGUUGAGCUAGAGAUUCAGCAAGACAAUCCGGAAGAAGUAACGGAGAAAGUUUAUUUCGACGUGACGAUCGGAGGUGAAGAUGUGGGGAGGAUUGUGAUUGGACUAUUUGGAAAAACUGUGCCGUACACGGUGGCGAAUUUUGCGGCCAUUUGCAAACAAGGGAUUCAAGGGAUGAGUUACAAUGGGACAAAAUUUCAUCGGGUUAUUCGAUCAUUCAUGAUUCAAGGCGGAGACAUAGUAAAUCAUGACGGGACCGGAGGAAUUAGCAUCUAUGGACCUCGAUUUAAUGACGAGAAUUUCAUUGUACAGCAUUCCGGUCCUUCAUAUUUAAGCAUGGCUAACUCGGGACCAAAUACGAAUGGCUGCCAAUUCUUCAUCACAACGGUGCCCACCCCAUGGUUGAACGGAGCACAUGUAGCUUUUGGCAAGGUUAUUGAGGGUUAUGAGUUUGUGACCGCAGUUGAAACCAAUCCCACCGAUGCUGGAGACCGACCAAUCUUACCUGCACUGAUCAAAGAAUGCGGAGGUUUACCAUUGUAAUGCUCUAAUGUAUGAAGAAACUCUAAAUCUUUAAGCUGGAAAUUCUUUGAAAAUCAUUUAUUUGACACAAAUUUACAAAAUAAUCAACAAUAACAAAAACAA